GAUCGAUAUCUGCCUCCCAUAUACACUCCCAUAUACACUCCCAUAUACACUCCCAAACUUACAACCUCGUACCUCCCCAACUCGCGUGAGCGCGCGCGAGAGAGCUAUAUCUAAUUAUCUGCUUCGUCACCUGAGGGAUACCGCUGAACUAGUCUCGACCUCUGCCCUCGUCAACCAUGGCCGCUCCUCCGUGGGCAGGCACCGCGAGCCACCAGCAGUUCUACGUCCUGCUGACGGGAGCUAAUAGUGGUGUUGGUCUCGGCAUCGGCCAGCGAAUCAUCGACGAAUUUCUCACCUCGCGCUCUCUCUCCUCCCACUUAGUCCUCAUACCCACCACCCGCUCCGCCGCCAAGUCGCGGCAAACCAUCCUCGCCCUGCGCGCCCACGUCGAGAAGACUGCCAACACCUCGAACCAGCUUCGUGCCCGCGCCGGCCCCGACUACAACCCCAAGACCGUCAUCUCCCGCGUCCACGUUCUCAGCGUUCAGCUCGACCUGUGCGAUCUCAAUGCGAUAUAUAGCGUUGCCGAACAGCUCGUCCACGGCAAGAUCAGCGACCCAACCGGCGUCAUCGACGACGUAGCCAUACCCAGACUCGACGCUGUACUCUUCAACGCCGGCAUCGGUGGCUGGUCCGGGCUGGACUGGCUCGAGUUCGCGAGACAAUUCCUCCACGUCGGGCUCGUGCAGAGCACUACAUUCCCUUCUUUUAAGAAAGCUCUACCUGCCGUCAUAUUAGACCAGCGAAAGCUUCUCGGCGACGCCGCCGCCACCAGCCUAAACACGCCCCCCCCGGAGCUGGCCGAAGUCUUCUGCGCAAACGUCUUUGGACACUAUAUCCUCGCGCACGAGCUCCUGCCGCUGCUGAGCCGUUCGCAUCCGGACGAACCCCGGGGUCGCGUCGUCUGGACCAGCAGCAUCGAUGCCGGCCACGACCAUCUCGAUUUCGACGACUUCCAGGCCCGGCGCACCAAGCCGCCGUACGAGAGCAGCAAGCGGAUAACGGACCUCCUCGUGCUGACGGCCGAACUCCCGAGCGUCGAGAAGGUAGCCGCCUCCUACUUCGCGUCCUCACCCCCCGCCACCACCACCGGCGAGGACAAGCCGUUCAAGCCCCGCUUCUACCUGUCGCACCCGGGCAUCGUCUGCACGCCGCUCUUCCCGCUCAACUGGUUCCUCUUCUUCGCGUACUGGUGCGUCAUGUACGUCUCGCGCUGGUGCGGCUCGGCCUGGCACCCGAUCGAGCCGUACCUCGGCGCCUGCGCGACGACCUGGCUCGCGCUCGCCGACGAGGCCGAGCUCGAGCUCGAUGCCGCCGGCAGCAACAGCAGCGGCAGCAGCGCGCAGCGCGUCAAGUGGGGCACGUGCGCGACGCGUGGCGGCCGCGUCGCCCCCAAGGAGACCGAGGUCGAGGGCUGGGGCUGGGACGGCCGGGUCGAGGGCCGGGACCGCCCCGAGGCGGAGACCGGGGCCGGCAUCCUCGGCAAGGGCCGCGGCCGCAAGUGGGACGCCGUCGCGCUUACUCGGGAGCGCAGGGAAGAGUUCGAGGCCGACGGGCUCCGCUGCUGGGCCGAGCUCGAGAGGCUCCGGAUCGCCUGGGAGGUGGCGUUGGGGAAGAGGGCCAAGGGCAAGGGCGCCGCGGCGGCCGAGAACGGGCACCGGGCCAACGGAAAUGGCUUGUAGCGCACGAGGCGUGGGAAGGGGGGGGAGGG